CCUCCCCCUCACCUCCUCCCUCCCAUUCUUCCCCCUCCCCUCAGCAAACACAUAGAAAGAAAGAAACACUUUCAUAUACGGAGACAUAAUAUAUAGAGUUGUGCGGAAAGAUGGCGAUGGAGAUGUUGCUUGACUGGCGAUCUCUGGGCUCGCUUCUGGCGACGGUGAUGGUGUUGCGGACGGCGCUGCGCGACUUCCUUCCGCCGGAGGUGCAGCAAUUCAUCGUGUCGGUCUUCUUCCGCCUGUCGUCGUUCCUGCACCCGACCGCCACCGUGAUCAUCGACGAGGUCGAAGGCCCUGCCGGCCUCGCCGCCACCAACGAGCUCUUCGAGUCGGCCCAGCUCUACCUGAGCUCGCGCUGCCUCGCCGACUCUCCCGCCGUGCGCCUCCACAAGUCCCGCCACUGCCCCCGCCCCGUCGCCUCCCUCCCCGACCACCACUCCGUCGUCGACUCCUUCCGCGGCAUCCCCCUGAAGUGGACUUGCAAGACGGUCGCCGACCGCCCGAACUCCACUUCCGGCUUCAACCCGUACGGGCCGGGGCGCUCCUCCGGCGGCGGCUCCGACUCCCGCUCGCUGAAAAUUCAGUUCCACCGCCGCCACCGCGACGUGGUGCAUGAGCUGUACAUCCCGUACGUCCUCGAGGAGGCCGAGCUAAUCCGGUCGAAGGCGCGGGAGCGCAAGCUGUACACGAACCGCGCGGCGUACCCGGGCGACGACCACCACCGGCUGUGGUCGUCGCACGCGUUCUCGCACCCGUCGACGUUCGACACCCUCGCCAUCGACCCGGUGUUGAAGGAGGAGAUCCGUGCCGACCUCUCCAGCUUCAUCGCGAGCCGGGAGCACUACACCCGCGUCGGCCGGGCGUGGAAGAGAGGAUACCUGCUGCACGGGCCGCCGGGGACGGGGAAGACGAGCCUGGUGGCGGCCAUAGCGAACAUGCUAGAAUUCGACGUCUACGACCUGGAGCUGACGACGGUCCCCUCGAAUUCCCACCUCCGCCGCCUCCUCGUGUCCACGACCCCCAAGUCCAUCAUCGUGGUCGAGGACGUCGACUGCUCCCUCGACCUCUCCGACCGCAAGGGCAAGAAGAAGGGGGACGACGCCGCCGCGAUGCAAGCCGAGCAGCAGCAGGCGCACCAGCUGGCGGGCGGAAAGGUGGCGGCGGCGUACUUGAGGGAGGCGGUAAGCCUGUCGGGGGUGCUCAACUUCGUGGACGGGCUGUGGUCGUCGUGCGUCGGGGAACGGCUGAUGGUCUUCACGACGAACCACCCAGAGCGGCUCGACGCCGCGCUGCUGAGGCCCGGCCGGAUGGACCGCAAGAUCGAGCUGGGCUACUGCGGGCCGGCCGCGUUCCGCGUGCUGGCGAAGAAUUACCUCGGGAGCGGCCGGGAGGAUUGGGAGGCGGAGCAAGGGAUGAUGCUUCAAGAUUUGAUGGCGGAGGCCGAGGCGCUGCUCGGGGAGGUGAAAAUCACGCCGGCGGAGGUCGCGGAGGUGUUCAUGGGCUCCGACGGCGAGGGGCCCCAAGCCGUGGUGACGAAGGUGGUGGAGGAGCUGCGGCAGAAGAAGGAUAGACCGCCGUCGACGCCGCCGCCGCCGCCACAAGAGAGUGUAGCGAAUGAAUUAUAGACUGCUUAGCUCUGAAAAAUGGUGGAUUGUUUACCGUGUUAGUAAUUAUUCCAACUUUUAUGUUUAGUGUGAAUGAAUUAGAGAUCGUAUGCGGUUGGGACAUAAGUAACAAAUAUUUUCAGCAUUUAUUCGCUCUCCUUUAAGUGUUA